ACAGCUUUAUGCAUAUCGACAAUGCACUAAUCAAAACGAGCUUUGUGAUCGCAUGUGCCUUGUGAAGUCUUCUCGUUCGAAUAUGGCACUUUCGACAAUUGUACGGAAAAUCAAACGAUGUUGGGUAAAGCACAAAAGACGCUUAAAAUUCAUAAUAGUCUUUCUCACUUCAUUUUGGAUGUUGUUAUGGAUACACAGGACCUUUAACGAAGAGGUGGACUAUAUCUUCAUCAAUGAAAACACAGACAAGAAAUGCGAAAUACCAAACUUGGAUACACACGAGAAAUCUAUCACACAAUUUUUGCAUCAUCUCAAGCCAAUUCAGUGCGAGAUAUCGUCAGAUUUUGUAUUUAUUGAUUCUAAUGGAUUCCUGAGAGUAAACGACACCGCUGUAUUGAGGUCUGGGCAUAAAAACGUGUCAUGUACCUACUCUAUAGUAAAACGUUCUGGUGAUUACGACAUCGAAACGGAAGCGGAAGUGCAUUUUUCAAACUCCGUGUAUGUUAAUGCUGAUUUUUUUCUUGUGAAGUGUGAGAAUAAGAGGAAAACUGUAGUAUAUAAAAAAUUACACCACACCAUUGAUUAUAAAUCUCGAAUGCAACAAUCACAAUUUCUUAAUGAAUCGAAGGAGCAUUUAAAUGUGUACGUAUUUGGGCUAGACUCUUUGUCUAGGCUAGCUGCUGAAAGAACCAUUCCGUUAACACUUCGCUACCUGGAGCAAAAUCUGGGAGGAUAUAUUAUGAAAGGGUAUACGAAAGUCGGAGCAAACACAUUUCCGAAUUUGAUUAGUUUACUAACAGGUAAAGUGUCUCAUUCAAACGAGUUACCCCCGUAUACGGAGAUUUUAGACCCGUAUCCGUUCAUUUGGAAAAAUUUUACUAACUGUGGUUACGCCUCUUUCUUCGCCGAAGAUCUACCAGAAAUUGGGACAUUUACAUACUGGAAAGGCUUUAAGGAACAGCCCUGUUUACACUACAUGAGACCUUUCUAUCUGGCAAUGGAUAAAUUAGGUCUGCCGAAUACUAAUCAAGACCUUCUUGCAUUAGAAAACUACAAUAUACACCUUUGGCAGAGAUCCGCUUUGUGUGUUGGAAACACACCUAAACAUAAAAUGUUAAUGAAUUAUUACAAACAAUUUAUAGAAAUGUACGGUAAUAAAAGAAAAUUUGCUUUGAGCUGGCUAAAUGAACUUACACAUCAAUUCGACAAUCUUGUACAGUUAGCCGACAGAGAUAUUAUGUUGUUUUUUAAAUGGUUGAAAGAAUCGGGGAGGUUAGCUAAUUCUAUAUUGAUAUUAAUGAGUGAUCACGGAAUAAUGCAAAAGGCGAUCAAAAACACACUAGCAGGACGAACAGAGAAUCGUAUGCCUUUAUUCGCCAUUGUGAUUCCUCCCUAUAUGAAAUCUAAAUAUCCACAUAUCCACCACAAUUUACAAACAAAUACUCAACGAUUGACAUCUGCAUUUGAUGCGCAUGAAACUUUAGUCGAUGUUUUAGAGAGCAAUUUUGUGCGCAGCAUGGAUUCGGUCAAUGAGCGAAAGAAACUUCCACGUGGCAUAAGUCUGUUUAGGGAAAUUCCAGAGAGACGAUCAUGUAAAGAGGCAGAGAUACCCGGCGAUUACUGUGUCUGUAAUUCAUACGAACGACUUAACAAACAUAACAAAACAUCAGAGGAUUUAGCGCAGUUUUUAGUUUCCUAUAUAAAUCAUGGUUUAUCUAAACAUGAGGGGAAAUGUUCAAGAUUACAUCUGUUAAAGAUCGUGAACACUUAUCUUGUGAAAUCAAAUUUACGACGCCGAAAAGAUCAGGAGAAAUUUUCCAUACGAAAAUUGAUUUUUGAACCCGACCCGGAAGAGGAAACUUACCUAUGCAUGUUUGAAACUGUUCCUGGACGUGCAAGCUUUGAAGCAACAGUUAGAUCAAACAAUAAAGGAUCGUACGACGUCAUUGGUAGAGUAAAUCGAGUGAACAAAUAUGGCAACCAAUCGUUUUGCGUUCAGGACAAAUUUGCCAAACCUUUCUGUUACUGUGGAGGAGCUCAUUGAUGUACAUGAACAUGUAUCUUAACGACUUAUUUAUGAUGGUUCAGAGGCAAACGCCACUUUAUUUUUUCCACAGCUGUAAAAUGCCUGACAUGAUGCCAAAACGUCGUAAAACCAUUAACAAUCAAUCAUAUUGAAUGAAAAUAGAUUAUUCUUAAAAUAUAUAUAUGGUUUGACCGAGCAUGAAAUGGUAAUUGACGUGUCCCAAGUGAUAACCACAAUUCGAUUAAAUACGGUGAAUUCGAAAUAGAAAUAUCUAAUCGCUUGGAAAUAUGUACCAUUUAUUAAUUAUCCCUCGCUCUAAGCGCUUACUAACAUCUAAAUAUUUAAAGGGAAAAUAUGAAAAUAGCUAUAUGGAUGCUGAGUCACCUGAUCCCACCUCUGGUAUAUCUAGGGGUCCGUGUUUGCCCAACUCUCUUUUUUGUAUUGCUUAUAGGAGUUAUGAGAUUGAUCACUGUUCUUUAUCUUCGCCUUUCAUGAUCCACCUAUUAAUUUAACACCAGUUGACGUAAACAGUGCAUUAUGACGUCACAUUUAGCUUCGUUGUACUCUCCAACCAAACAACUGUGAACACCAAUAAUACCUCCGUUUGUAAUUCAAAACAAAAGAGAAGAAAGCGAAGUUUACCAACAAAUUAAAAAAGUAAGCGUAUACAUAUAUAAAAAGAUAGAGACAAUGAACAGUGAUCAAUGUCAUAAUAAGCCUAUUAAGGUGAUCCGUGUUAGAAUAGGUCCUCAGUACUCCUUGCUUGUCGUAUAAGGCGACUAAAUGGGGCGGUCCUUCGAAUGUGACCAAAAAACCGAGGUCUCGUGUCACAGCAGGUGUGCCACGAUAAAGAUCCCUCCCUGUCAAAAGCCAUAAGCGCCGAGGAUAGGCCGAAAUUGUGCAGCCCUUCAUCGGAAGUAGUGACGUCUCCAUAUGAGUGAAAUAUUCUCGAGAGGGACGUAAAACAAUAUUCAAUCAAUCAAUCAUAACUCCUAUAAAGGUGAAGAUAACGAACAGUGAUCAAUGUCAUAAGUCCUACAAGAUAUACAAGACAGAGAGUUGAGUAAACACGGACCCCUUGUUUUACAUUUCUAUUUGAGUGUUUGUAUUUGCAAAUUGCACAUCAGUCCUGAAUUUUUGGCAGUCAAAUUCAAAACUUCAAAUAACUGUUGAAGCAAAUGGUGGCGCCCAUAGGGCUCACAGAAAUUGGGUAUAUUAUGUCUAUAUCAUGUCGAUUUUGUUUUUUCCCCUUUCAAAUGUAAAACUUAUACGGUACCAAUUUUAAUGCACCAGAUGCGCAUUUCGACAAAUAAUGUCUCUUCACACAUCUUACCUUUAGAGUCUUGUAUCGCAGAAGAGCUUGCAAUCCGUUCGAGCUUCGCUCGGUACAGUUUAAUAUGUAUAAGAACUGCGAACGAUAUUAUUGUUUCGCCUCCUACCUUCUGAUCAAUUUUUAAAAGUUAUCAUUUUUAAAUGAUUUUUUAUGUCUGUAUAGAUAUUUUCAUGAAGUUUCAUAAAAGUUGAUUUAUUUUACAAUAAAAGAGAAAUCAUUUUAUAGUUUGGGUCAAAAUAAUGUAUUUCACUAUUGGAAUCAAUGGAAAAUGAAAACUGUUUUUAAAACAUUCCACAUGAAACAAAUUACUUUUUUUGCAGAUAUUAUGAAUUGUCAUCUAGCAAAUUUUUACCAAAACGUUUGUUAUUUCACGGGGGAAGAUAUGUUUAUAGACCAAAACACAUCGAAAAUGUUCACUCUAUGAUCAAUUACAAAUGCGGUUAAAGUGUGAAAAAUGAAGAUUAACAAUUUUUUUACUCAUUAAAUAUAUGACGUUUCAAAGCCCGGUUUCAAGGAACAUAUUUUCUACACCCAAUCAAAAUCUAUUAAUUCGUGGGGACCAAUGUUCUUGGGUAAGCAAAAGUUUGCUGCUUCGUGGGGACGCGAUACGAUGUCACUAGGAAAGAUAACUCUUCUUGGUUUCAAUAAAUGUUCGAGGACACGUAAAUUCGUGGGUAAGACCAACGAAAUUCACGAACAUUAAUGCCCCACGAACAAUGACGAUUCCAUAGUAGUUGAAAUUAAAAGCAAGUAAUUAAUCAACACUGGUAUUAAAGUUUAUAAUCAAUAACUAUAGGAUUCCACUUUGCAUUAAAAAAAUAUCAUUACCAAAAUUGUAAAGCUUUUUAAAAUAUACGAGUUGAACAUGUAGGCAGGAAUCCAGAGUUAGAGUGCAUAGUUCUGUGUGACCAUUGGACCGAGCGAAGCAUGAAAUAGCCAUUGGCGUGUUCCGUGUGAUAAUCAUAAUUCAGUUAAGUACAGUCAAUUAGAAAUAGAAUUAUCCAAUCUUAUGAAAAAUAUGCUAUUCUUGCACAAAACGCCCAUUACCUCUUUACAUAAAACACGUUCAUCAUAAACGGUUAUUCAAAAAUGUGUGUUUAUCAAGCCGCCUACAUGUAUGACAUAACAGUAGCUCUUGCUUUCGCCGCUGAGUGCUUAUGUUCACUUUUCUUAAACAGUAUGUUGAGUUGAUUUGUGAAAAUUCGGCCUUUUCAACACAUUUCUUCGCAAUGUUUUCUAUUGUUAUAAAUUAUUUUAGCUUAACACGGGGAGUUGUGAUAAAAGCUGAUACUUAAACAUUUAUCGAAUCGGGAGUAAAGCAAGUAAAAUUUACAACGCUUACAAAUUAAAAAAAAAUUGCGUCGAAUAUGGCGUAAAAUAAUUUCUUCUCAAACAGUUUAUUUUCCUUAUUUGUUGUUUUUCAAUUUCAAAUCUCCAAAAACAUUAUUUAGUUGUAUUGUUUAGUAUUCAUGUACAUGUAUGUUUGUCUAACAAAGGAACAUCACUAAUGAAUACAUACUUAUACACUAGUCUUUUUAAAAUUCAUAUCAGUAUAUUUAAAUUUUUAAUGUUUUUCCUUCGAAAUAUCUAUAUAUAUUGUUUGUUUUAUUCAAAAAAUCUCGUAAAAUUUCACAUCGAUUUCACAGAAAAGCGUAAUUGAUUUAGCUUUUUUACAAUUAAGCUUUAACAUAUUCAUUUGCACUGUCAUUAUUGAAAAAAAAAAAGAAUUAAUUUCUACAGCAUGCCUUGUAAAUAAAAAUUACCCUAUGUAUUUGUAGAUUUUGACGUAUGAAUAAUUCUCUUUAAUGUUCAAAAAUGGUAAGCGAAACAAAGCAAAACACUGCUUUCCACACCAAUGUAGAUUAUCCCGCCUUAAGCUUACAUUCUUCUUGUUCGCCAUUACUAUCAGAAAUGGGGAGGGACAAAAGUAUACUUAUGUAUCUUUAUUUGCAUAAGAAAUAAACGGAAAAUGUUCGUCAUCAACCAACUCCCUCCGAUUCUACAUACCUGCUCUUAGGCAGAUCUGCACUCUCCUUAAUGAUAAGAAAUGUGUUGAUGUGUAACUGUGUUGAUCACGGAGUGUUAGACGCGUUUAAACCAUUUUCAUGGGUUCUACGACCGAAUAAUUAGCUCAUAACGAGUCAAAUAUGUCAACAAUUUGAAAAUAUGAUUGGUCUGAACAGAAAUCAGAACAUCUCUUAACGUAUCAUAGUACUUGUAAUUCUACUGUUGGUAACAUAAAUUCUUAAACUUAUAUACCGGAUAUUACCGUAGAUUAGCUGCUUUUGUGACAAGAAAAUUGACCCCUGUAGAUCAUACAUUCCAAGCAUCUGCUGUGUCAUUCUCUCUCUCUCUCUCUCUCUCUCUCUCUCUCUCUCUCUCUCUCUCUCUCUUACGUACAUAAUGUACCCGACCUUUAGAAUUAGUUAGAAUUAAUGAUUACUUAAAUCUAAACGAAAUCCGAGUCUUUAAAUAUUUGAUAAAUAAAUUAUUAAAUGGUUACUAAGUAACUUGUAAAAAAGAAAAUUCAAAUUCUCGAUUUAUCUCGAUUUUAUUGUGCAUGGGAAAGUGCGAAUUUUCGUGGUAAUUGUAUCUUAACUAAAUGGUAAACUUUUUGAUGAGACGGGAGUCACCCUCGCACAUAUAUGUCAGAGUUCAACAUAAUGGCGUCCACCUCCAAUCCUGCACUACAUUUGCAAAAUUAAUUUGUUUCUAAAUAUUGGAUAUAAUUCGCCAUAUAUGUGAUUGCAACAUAAAACCUGUUGCAAUACACAUAAACAUGACAAGAUCCACAUGUCUGGAAUGAGCGAGUAUAAUGAGAAUUUAUGAGAUUUAAAUUUUUAUGUCUUUGAUAUGAAACAUAUUCCUCACCUCUGCAGGAAUUGCAAAUCACUGAUUUGGUCAAGAUCAACAUAACUGGUAGUUUGUCAACAUUUCAUACAUUUUAUAAAUUUAGACUCAAUCAUUUAAAUAAUAGAAAUGAUCAGCAUUGCUGUUGUAGUCAUUCGCAUGUUCACAAAUAAAUGGAGGAGAGGGGGAUAGGAUCAACAUUAUUGGUCGUUCGUCAACAUUUGAUAAAUUUGUACUCUAACUAAGGAGAAAACCUCAGCAUAUUAGCAUUUUUUUAAUGAUCUAAGAUGAGAAGCAGUUACAUUAUAUUCACAAUGUAUUUAUUCAUCCAUUAUCUAGUAAUUAUACGUAGUUUUGCUUAUUGUCAACAUAUAUCUCGAAGAGGAUUCUGGGAAGAAAUACUGAUCCCGCUCUUCUGUUUGAAAAUACAACCGAUGUCGCUGACAGUUCAGGAGAACUUUCGUCAUUUAACAAGACAUUUAGCUUUCUUUUCGAUUAUUUUAUUAGUGAAACGUUUAACAAAAAAUAGACACCGGGGCCAUUUGAAGUAGAUCACGUCCGUGUGGUUUUAAUAUCAAUUCAUCUAGGUUCUAUCUCCCUCAUGCAUAGCUCUUAUCCUUAGACGAAAUUGACUCCAGUUUUUGUCAUUCUGUUUUUCCCUAAAAUAGCUCUUACAAGUUUAUUAUAUAUAGGAUUUCAAAAAUUUCAGUUGAUCAUUACUGAAGAGACAUUAUUUGUCGAAUUGCGCAUCUGCUGCAUCAAAAUUGGUACCGUAUAAGUUUUAUAUUAUAUCAGUUGCAUUAUAUGUUACGUAAUGACAUUUCAGAUGCAUUAUCUGUUACGUAAUGGCAUUGUUGUAGGUCAUUUCAGUCGCAUUAUCUCUUACGUAAUGACAUUGUUCUAGGUUAUUUCAGUCGCAUUAUCUCUUACGUAAUGACAUUGUUCUAGGAUAUUUCAGUCGCAUUAUCUCUUACGUAAUGACAUUGUUCUAGGUUAUUUCAGUCGCAUUAUCUCUUACGUAAUGGCAUUGUUGUAGGUUAUUUCAGUCGCAUUAUCUCUUACGUAAUGACAUUGUUCUAGGUUAUUUCUGUCGCAUUAUCUGUUACGUAAUGACAUUGUUCUAGGAUAUUUCAAAUGCAUUAUCUCUUACGUAAUGACAUUGUUCUAGGUUAUUUGAGUUGCAUAAUCUGUUACGUAAUGACAUUGUUCUAGGUUAGUUCAGUUGUACUAUCUGUUACGUAAUGGCAUUGACUGUUCAAAGCGAUGUUGUGCUAAGCUUGUUAUCAUUUUUAGAAACACAGCUUUAAAAUGAAUAUAGAAAUGAAUAUAGAAAGGGACACGUGGAAAAAAAGUUUGGAUUUCUGGGACGUAGCAUUUCAAAGAAGUUUUUGAUUUGACAUUUGAACGUCCGGUGUUUUUUUUUACAGCAAUUUCUGUUCCUGUAGAUGUAUGUAGGUAGUAGAUUAAAACAAUUGUUCAGUUUCUGUUCCUGUACAUGUAUGUAGGUAGUAGAUUAAAACAAUUGUUCAAUUUCUGUUCCUGUACAUGUAUGUAGGUAGUAGAUUAAAACAAUUGUUCAAUUCCUGUUCCUGUAGAUGUAUGUAGGUAGUAGAUUAAAACAAUUGUUCAGUUUCUGUUACUGUAGAUGUAUGUAGUUAGUAGAUUAAAAGAAUUGUUCAGUUUCUGUUCCUGUAGAUGUAUGUAGGUAGUAUAUUAAAACAAUUGUUCCGUUUCUGUUACUGUAGAUGUAUGUAGGUAGUAGAUUAAAACAAUUGUUCAGUUUGUGGUGUCUAUUGUGGAAUUGUACAGUGUUUCAAUUUGAGACAAAAUAAAAAGUAAUGAAAGAGCA